CUUCUGGGACAGAAAUCUGGGUGCAAUUGCACCCAGAAUAGACCAUAGAGAAGAAUGACUAAGAAUAUGAACCUAUGGGAGCAGAUAUUUCAACAGAUAAUUAGAGAGAAGAAACCUCAACACAGAUGGACACUGGAGGUGGACAGUGGCCUUGAAGUCAAGAGCCUACAGCGGGGGUGGAGACAAAACAAGCAUAAAGGCCUUGCAAGACUGCUUGACUCUUCUCUCUCCUGCCUCAAGUUUCAGUGCUCCUUGUGUGGACACAGCUGGGUCUCGGCCCAGGUGCUGAUUCUCUUCCAGAUGUGCCUGCAGAAACCCUAUGGCCAGGUCAAGAUGAGGGUCUUUGCUCAGCACUGUCAGAAGUGCAGCACGACCCUGUUUGAGGAGCCCGAGUUCAGCCAGAAGGGCAUCCAGGGGGUCCUGGGCUGUCUGGUGGCACAGAUUCUGCUGAAGUGCUACGGGGAAAGUGUUCCCCUUGGGGCAGCCCGGGAGGACCCUUUCAGAUCAGCCAUUGUCAGUGGGCCUCAUGACACUGAGAACUGCGAGGCAUGUUUGCUGGGCAUCUUCUGCCAGAGCCAAUCAGACAGCAAGGUCUCAAAUCCACAACCGGCCCUUCCCGGAACCAUCAACAACUCCACCCAAGACCAACAACCUGCCUUUAAAAAGAGGAAGCUGCUCCUGCUGUUUUCCUUUUGUAUUGUAAUGAUCGUGUUUGUGGUGCUGAUGAUACACAGAAUUAGCGAGGGUGGGAGUCUGUUCGAGCUGGCUCCAGCGAGCUCCUUCCUUGACAAAGACGAGGUGACUGGACCCUUUCCCUCGGAUGAGACAUUUAGAGUGUUUGACAAGACUUAG